UCGGAAACAAUACCCCAGGUUAAUAAAAUCCUUUUUUUUUCAGUGAAAGAUUUGAAGGAAGUUCCAGACUAAAUCAUGAAGUUUCUCGUCAUCGCCGCUGUCUCCGUCGUGUUAGUACUUGCCAAGAGGGACCCUACCAAAGUCUGCGCCCCUGACACACUGCAGACUGGCUUUUAUGACUUCAACAGAGAUGAUUAUGGUCUUGCUGUAGCGGACUUCACCAAGAAUCUGACGUCACUGUCCUUCUACAAAUCUGGAGUUAAAGUUGUAUAUGACAACAAUAAUAUGAAAGGAUACCUAACCAACAAGGACGGCGCAUGCUCACAGUUUCCUCUGGACGCUACACAACUGACCUCUCAAUGCUUGCCAUCCAACGCCGUGGAACUGGCCAAUGACACCAUCCACAUCGGACUCUCAAGUUCCGGCACCAAGAUCACGACCUGGGAGAUCCAGUCGUCUGCCACUGCCGGCGUACGUGUGGCAGUCACUAACCAGACGCCUGCUAUCCCCGUCUUGAGACAGGUCCUUGGUGGUACCCAAACCAAAGUGGCCGGCGAUGUUCUAUUCUUCACUAACCCCUCCACCACCAUCGACAACACCAGCAUGCUAUUCAUCCCAUCAGUGUGUCCCCCCGCUGUGGUCGUCUAGACACGAACUCACAUUCAAUUCUUCUAUCGUUAUUGACUGUACAUACAUAUUGUAUAUACAUAUAUAU